AUGGUCUAUUCAAUAUGGAUUUCAAUAGUGUUUCUUUCAAUAGUAUUUUGUGAUGAUUUUAUCGAUUAUAAUGUAUCCGGAACAACUGCUCAUCAAUGGGAAUUUGUCCGAGAUUUGUUUUUGAAAAAUUUCGUAGAAGAAGAAGACUUAGGUGCAACUAUAGCGAUUUAUCAUCAAGGUGAUUUAGUAGUAAAUCUUAGAGGUGGAUGGUUUGAUGAAUCACAAACGAAACCUUAUGAUGAUAAUACAUUACAACUGGUAUAUUCAACAACAAAAGGUAUUGUAGCUAUGGCUGCUGCAAUUUGUGUUCAGCGAGGAUUACUCAAUUAUUCAUCAUUAGUUACUGAAUAUUGGCCAGAAUACGGUCAAAAUGGAAAGGAAAAUACAACAGUUGCUGAUAUAUUAUCACAUCGUGCCGGACUUCCAUAUGUAUCAUCUCCCAUCUAUCAAUAUAUUAAUUGGACAGCAAUGAUUCAUACAUUAGAAGAACAAAAACCGUUAUGGAUACCUGGAGCGACUCAUGGCUAUCAUUCAGUUACUUAUGGAUGGCUUGUUGGGGAACUUGUUCGUCGUGUAGAUCCAAAACAAAGAUCAUUUGGACAAUUUAUUCAAGAUGAAAUAGCAGGUCGUACACAGAUAGAAUUUUAUAUUGGUUUACCACCUAACCUACAAUAUCGCGUAUCACCAGUUGUUCCUCAAUUACAAUCAAAAAGUAUUUUGAAUGAAACAAUGCUAACUUUAUUUGAUAUAUGGAAUGAUCCUAAGAUACAUCAAGCAGAAAUACCAGCUGCGAUUGGAAUAUCAAAUGCUCGCUCGAUUGCACGUCUCUAUGCAGCAUUCAUUGGAAAUAUCAAAGAUAAAUCAGGACAACGAUUAUUAAAUGAUGACAUUUUGAAACUGGCAAUUAAGUCUAAUACACCUCCAAAUGAGAUAGAUCUUGUAUUUCAGUAUUACUCACAAUUUGCCAUGGGUUUUCAUCGAUAUGAUUAUGUUCUGCCCUCAUUUGGUCCAGAUGUAUUUGGCCAUCAUGGAGCUGGUGGAAGUAUUGGUUUUGCAGCACCGUCGAAGAAUCUUACUUUUGCCUAUGUUAUGAAUCGAAUUGCAACGGAUCCAUCAACAAUCAUUGAUCCACGUAUAGCACUUAUACUUAAUCAGAUUGCAGCAAAGAUUAAUAAUUAG